AGUAACAAUGCCUCACGUCCCCCUUUCACUACGAUAACAAUGAUAAACACACCGCAGUGGAUCUCGACUGAGCUCAGUCCCAAUAACGCACCUAAAAGUAUAAUGUUAAUGACCAUCAGUUUAAAAACUGGUCACUGAAUUCAUAUGAGCGUACACUUUUUAACCAAUUGUAGCGUGUUUCGUUAUCAUAUCUGAACGAUGAUCUGAUAAUUGUGCAGUGCUUCAGUUUCAUGAUAAUCUGAAACAGGAGUAAAAUAGUCUUUUGAUAGACGAAUUCGGGUUUAUUCACUCAUAUUUUUUAGAAUGAAUGCAAUAAGGGGUUUCUUACGCAGGUCGUUAGAAAAGCAUCCGCUGAUAACAAAUUCAGUGAUAUAUGGAACAUUAUGCACAGCUGCUGAGCUAUCGCAACAGACUUUAACAAAGAAAGUGCUUAAUGAAGUUCCUAGACCCAUUGAGUGCGAUAUAGUUUGUCGAUAUUCAUUUUAUGGAACAUUCGUAGGUGGGCCAGUAUUAUCAGUAUGGUAUAGAUUUUUAGAUAAAAUGUGCCCUGGAACGGCACCAAAAAUUUUAGUGAAGAAACUUCUGGUGGAUCAGUUUGUGUUUACACCACAGCUUCUUGUACUUUUUUACAUCACAAUGAGUAUAUUGGAAAGGAAACAAGAUCUAUUAGAAGAAUGCAAAUACAAGUUCUCAAAGACUUUUCAGACAAGCUGCCUAUUCUGGAUUCCAGCGCAAACUGUAAACUUUGCUUUGAUUCCGUCAGUCUACAGGGUGACGUAUAUUUCAUGCUGCUCUUUCGCUUGGAUCAACAUCCUCUGCUGGUUGAAAAGAGAAGAAUCUAGCAUCGAACAGUAAUAGAAAACUUUGUAAAUGAUAAUAGAUACUAUUGGAUUUAAA